AUGAAGAGUUUAUGUGAGUGCUUGAAAUUCUACGAGGCCGAGCAGACCCGCAGGCCACCGGACUCGCCGACGCCCGACCACCGCACGCCCCAAGCACCACUAAUCGUCUCCACCAGACCCAUAGCCCAGUCAAACCCCAGUGAGACCCCAGCGCGACCCCAAUCAGACCCAUCGAUCGAAGCCUGGGCGAGAAGCAGCAUCGGAGACAGGCUGGAGAACAAUAAAAUGCCAUUCCAGGCGACCCGCGAGUGCAGCCCAUUAGCCAUCGAGACGCCCUCGCGGCCUCCCUCGCCCGCACCAUCUCGGGAGGCGCCCUCUGCAUCCACAUCACCUGCUCCACCUGGCCUCACCCACCUUGGGCCAUUUCAUCCAUCCUUCUCCGCCUCACCCACUUCCCUCGCCUCACCCAACACCCUCGCCUCACCCAACACCCUCGCUUCACCCAACACCCUCGCUUCACCCACCUCCCUCGCUUCACCCAACACCCUCGCCUCACACACCUCCCACGCUUCACCCAGCACCCUCGCUUCACCCACCUCCCUCGCUUCACCCAACACCCUCGCUUCACCCACCUCCCUCGCCUCACCCAGCUCCCCCGCAGCGCCUUCUUCGGGUUACCGGGCGAGGCAAGUGGUGGAAUCCAUACGCCACGUCUCUCAAUAA